AAUAGAAAACAUUUUGUAAAUUGUCAAUUCAUCAAUAACUUUUGUAAUUGACGUUAUAAUUGAGUUUCUUUUUUAACUGUAAUAACGUUUAUUUGAGUAAAUAUUUCAAUAAAGUUUUAAAAUGGGUGACAUAAAAGAAGAAGAUUGGAAUUUACCUCCGUGCAAAUAUGAAUGUGAGACACGUCAAAAAUGUUAUUGUAUUAUCUAUUAUUAUUAUUCAUUCACAAAUGUAAGUUAGUUUAAAAAUAAAUUGUAUUCCAAUAAUAAUAAACUACUUAAUUGAGUCACCAGCACCAACAUUUUUAUAGAAAAAAAAUUAAUUGACAUUCGAUAAACUCACUGUGUGAAAAUAAAUUUUAUUUUACCAACAUUUCAUUGUAUUGCAGUGUCUAAUUAAAUUACAACAUAUACUAAAUUUAUCAAAUCGAAAACAUUAUAAUUAAAACCAUUGUUAUGUAUUUUAGAUGAAGUCUGGUUUUUGGGUAAAAAAAAAAGUCAAAAUAUCCAAAAACUACUCUUAUGUUUUCUCCCCUCUUUUACCUUAUCAAUGUUUUGUAUUUAAAAUUUCCAUUUUCCCUCAAAAAUAUUCGAGAUUAUAAAAUGUUAAAAAUUUAAAAAUCUUAAUUCUGACUAUCAAACUGACUGGUGUUGUUUUAAGUUGCUAAAUACAAAUAGAAAACCUCAGUAGAGUUUUUCGAUAUUUUGAAAUUAAGUUUUAACUUCAGCGCGCCGCCAAAUGAAAACUAGUAGUGAAAGCAGUAUGUUCUCUUUUGAAACAGGGUAUAGAGGUAAACUGUAUCUAUGAACAGUUAAAAUUGGUCCAAGUAUGCAAACUCGAAUUUCUAAACCAGGCGGCAUAUUAUUCUGGGGAACGUUUGGCAAUCAGCCGUUUCAUUAAGGGCAAUCAAACAUUUCACAGCAGGAUAUUAAUCAGAUGAGUUGUAAGACAAAUAAAUAUGUAUUUGAUGUUUUUUGAUAUUUUGAUUUUUAAUUUUUUGACCUCAAGAGCCAGACAUUUAACCAUGUCAUUUUUAACAUUAAAUUAUAUAACUAGCUACACAAUAUGUUGUAUAAAUUUAUAGUUUACAGUUAAAACAUAAUAGUUGUUGAAAAUUUAAAUCUGAACCAUUAAGUAGGUACCUAUUUGUAUUUCUAAAAGAUUUUUAAAAAUAAUAACGGGUUUUAUUUAUAAUAUUCAAUUUGGAAAUUAGUGAGAAACAUGAAUAUAAAUAUAUUUAAAGAACUGAUCAGUUUACUAUAUUUUGUAAGUUACUACGGAAAGUAAUAUAAUUAUUAUUUAUUUCUAGAUAUAUUCUAACUAGGUAGGUGGGUGUGUACACUGUACAUGUUUCGUAAAAUAUAUUAAUUUAUACCUAUAUUUACAAUUUAAAAUUAAUAACAUUUGUGAUUGAAAUGAUAAUGUAAUAUUAUUUGUAAUUUAAGGAUAAUUAUUAUCUCAUAUAAAGGUUUUUAAAAAUAGGUUGUUAUAUUGUGUUUACAAUUAAUAUUAAUUAAUUGCUAAAAAAUUAAAUACCCACUUGAUUAUUAAAUCAAUUAUUUAUAUUUUAUUGGAAUCUAUCAUGUUUAUGAUUAUAUACAUUUUACAUUUUUAUUUUCGUUAGAUUAUUUUUUAUGAAUUUAUUUUGUUUUAGAUUUGGAUCACACAGCUGAUAUUCAGUAAGUAUUUUACCAGUAUUAUUAUAAUAGAUUUAGACAUGCCAUAAAGAGAGAGGAAUUAGAAUUUUUUUUUUUAUUUCUACCAAACAUAAAUCUACAUACCCUAAAUAGUGACACAAGUUGUACUAAUUAAGUUGUACCAAUGCAGUUGAUGUUUGAUAUUGUUAUCAUUUUUUAGUAUUUUUGUACUGUCUCACAAUAUAUUUUGUUAAAUAAUGUGUAGUUUAGGGGUCUUAAACUCAAAUUACCAACGGACCAUACAUUUAUACAUCAAAUGUUCGCAGACAAAACAUUUUUUUUUCUCAUCUAAUACAAAAUCUAAAAUAAAGACAAAUCUAAAAUUCAAAUCUAAAUUAAGACAAAAUGUAUUUUUUUAUUGAUUAUAAUUAUUACAAAGAUGUACAGUGUAUUGAUUUCUGUUUAAUAUUAAUAUUUAAUUAUGUUUACUUUCAAGAUGUAUUUGAUGCUUAACAUCUCUUAUUUUGUACCAGACUGUAAUUUUACAUUAGAAUUUUGACUGCCGAUUAAUUGGUAAUUAAAUUCUUAUUAUGAAUGUGAAUGUCAAUUAUAAAAUAUUUUAUAAAACAAAAAAUUUAAAACUUUUGAAGAAAUAAAUAUUUACUGAGGGCUGCAUAUGACCCGCGCUCCGCUUGUUUGAGACCACUAAUGUAGGUAAUCCAAGAAGUCUAAUAUUAGAUAUGUAGUAUAUCUAUGAUAAUUAGACAUAUAAAUCAAUCAUUUUAGGUAUUCAUUAAACAAAUACCAUUUCAAAUUCAUAUGAUUCUCAAAAAUCUAAAUAUUUAAUUAUAUGCAUUAUGUUCAAAUAUAAAAAAAAAAAUUGUUUUUUUUAUUUAUGAAUAAGUCAAAUCGAAGACAUAUUAUCUAACUACCAAUUAAUUUGGAUUAAAGAAAAAAAAAAACAUGCAAAUGCAUAGAAAUCCUAGCCCUGGUUAUUAUUAUUAAAGCCUACUGCUUAAUGAACAAUAAAUGUCUUGAUAAUGAUACAUCAAGCACAAGCAACAUUCAACAAAAUCUAUCAACUUAAUAAGAGUUAAUACAUAUGAUAAUAUAUGAAAUAUUGUCUUAUUACCAUAAUUAAAAUGUAUUUAUUUGUUCAAGUAUAAAAUUAAUCAUUUUUUUGUUAUUUUUGUAGAUUACAUGCGUGGGGUGAUACUUUGUCUGAAGCAUUUGAACAAUGUGCUAAUGCCAUGUUUCAUUACAUGACAGAAGUUGACUAUAUAGAAAUGAAAGAGUCUUAUGACGUUGAAGUCGAGGGUCAUGAUAUGAUGUCACUUUUGUAUAAUUUUCUUGAUGAAUUGUUGUUCAUAUUUAGUGCUGAACCUAAUUAUAUUGCGAGAGUAAGCUAUUAAAUACAGUAUUUAUGUUUAAAUUAUUGUUGUAUACUUAUAUCUGUAUUAUUUCAAUUUAGAAAGUACAAAUAACAGAAUUUGACAAAACAGCAUUUAAGAUUAAAGCUAAAGGAUUUGGUGAAGAAUUUCAACUUGGGAAACAUCCUCAAGGAACAGAAGUUAAAGCUAUUACGUUUUCAAAUAUGCAAAUACAUGAAAAUGAAAAUAAAUGUGAAGUAUUUGUAAUUUUAGAUAUUUGAUAAAUAAUAAGAUUUGUUGGAAAUUGUGAUAUAUACUGCAAAUUUAAUUUAAAUAAUUUUCAUUGGUCUUGUAAAGACAAUUAAUUAAGAUGUAUGUAUCAAAUAUGUAAUUUAAAACAACAGUGAACUCAUUAGCUAUUUUCAUGUGAUUUUUUUUUUAUUUAUUGAGAAUAAAGGCUUCAACAACUAGGUCAUUAGCCUACGGUUGUGAUUACAAUAUUAUUAAUAGAUAAUUUAGGUAUACACUGAGGUUACAUGAUUAUGGAAUAAAUAGUUAUACAGCAUUUUAUAUUUACAUCAUAUUUAUCUUAAUAUUACAUUUUUGUGUCAAUUUUAAUGGAUUUGAAGAAGCUAUGGUUCGAGUGUGAGUUGUGUUCUCCUAGUGCUUCCUUCAUCUAUGAAGGUUGGAUAUUUAUACAAUAAUUCCACAAACCGUUGCAGAUUCGUCUUGCACAAAAAUGUCGUGUUUGUAAAUAACGUGUUCUUCUCACUUGAAGUUAAAGACUACAUCGAUAUAUCUUCCAAUAAUUUUCCUGACCUUUGAACUUCUCUUAAAAUCUUCGAGAACUCCGUCUCAGGAUUCAAUUCUUGUUCCUCCGACAGAUCCAAAUCCGCUAUUAAGUUCUGAAGCUCUAGUAUCAUAGAUCUGGAUCUACCCUUCUAGAAUUCUAGCUCUCAUUUCAUAGUCACUAACUAGUAACUACUAUGUUCUGUAACCAUAAUUAUAGGGCAAAUAAGACCAUAUAUUUUAAAAAUAUUUUCGACAUCCUCUUUAGAAUAAAAGAAUUAUUUCCAUACAUUUUCCAUUUUUCUUAUGUUUUACCAUGGUUUUUCCCAGAUAUUAUGAAAACCGCUUGGAAAAUCAAAAAUUAACCUUCCAAAAAUCUGGACAACAUUUCUCUUUCAAAAAUGGUACCGUGCGUAUAUGUCUGAGCAAGAUUUAUGGUUGAAUUUUUGUACACAAUAUAAAAAAAAAUAAACAUCAUAGUAAAACCAAUACAUUUCUCACUACACUCAGAAUCUAAAAGGUAGGUAAUACAAUUUUGGCUGAUCUCUGGCUUUUUUUAAUACUCUACUAGUUUAAAAAUUGUAUUUUACUGUCCAAAAUUUGUAUAGCUACCUAAAUAUAAAUAUUAAAGUUUUUGUUUUCAUUUUUUUGUGUGUAUAUUUAAUUUUAUUAUCAGUUAGAAUUAAGAAUGCACCUACUGACCUAUUCUAUUUUUCAAACUUGAGACAAAACAACUGAUUCAUUAUCAAUAUUUCUAAGCCCCUCCCCAUUGAAAAAUCCUGCACCACUGGUCUACACUCUCUAAACUAUAAUCUAUUUUAUCAUUAUUUACUUACUUUACAUUACCUAC